AUGGCCAUGGAUCCCAGGGCUCGCAGACUACGGCUUUUAUGUUGUGCUUGCCUGGCCACCUCCUGGCAUGUUGCUUUCCAGCUCCCGGCUGGCACAACUGCAGCCCCGAGACAACUGCGAUCAGUGGCGAUGAAGGCUAGCUGGUUGGAGAUGCUUGAUGAAGCUGUGGGAACCCCUACUCCGCAGCCAGCCAGCCCGAUCAUACCCGAAAGUGUGAAGCCUCUAGAUGCCGACCUGAUGACUCGCGAUUUGACAGCCUUUGAGCUGGAAGAGAAGGGCCUGGCCAUGUCUGGGGAAGACUUUGAAGUCAAAACUCCAGAAGGAGAGCUCAUUCUGCGCAUCGGCGGUGGCAACCGCGUGCCCAUUCCAGGCAUGCCAGUAUGGGAUAAGCUGACUGUCUCAGCCGCGGACGGCCAGCAGAUUGCCACUUUGGAGCGCCAGGCUUUUGCAAUGACAGCUACUUAUGAUGUUUUGCGGGCAAAUGGCAAGAAGUUUGGAAGGAUCACAAAGGCCAUGUUCGCCUUGACUUCAACAUUUGAGCUGUACCAAGAGGAUGAUACUGAGGGAGGGGCGCUUCUCAGAGCAGAGGGCUCAUUCAGCGAUAAGAGUUACGUCAUGAAGUCUCGUCAGGGAGAGGUGGUUGCGACGGUCACCAGGCUCAAAGGCUUCACAGGUGGUAACGUUGACAACUACCAG